CCACAAACACCCACCGACUGAAUUCAGUCACACACCACCAGCCAACAAUACAAACAGCACAACGCCAACAACGCCUGCUUCAGCUGCUUGUUGUUCUUCUUGGUUGUGCUUGCUUGCUUGCUUUGCCACAUCACAUUCACGCACACUGCAACGAUGCAAGCGUCCCCACCAACACGGUCACAGCAUGUGGCUGAGUUCCAGGAAAUGGCCCAGCACUAUCUCAAUGACCAUGAGAAGGUCCAGUUGCAGCAUGCGCUGACAGAGUUUAAGCAUUCAAAAUCCGUGCCUAGGCUCGUGGCCACGCUCAAUAUUGUUCUCGACACACCACAGAAGCGCGACUUGCUCCGGCCGCUGCGCUUCUUGAUUCCAGAUGACUUUGCGCUUCGUUCGGCGUUUGACAAGAUGGCACCUUACGAGCACAUGGCACACCCCAUCUCAAAGCAAGAACUGGAGUCGCUUGGUGUGAGCCGCCCGCUCAGCAUCCAGCGCCACCAACACGAGAGUUUCGGCAUGAACAUCCGUGGUGGAUACGAUAUGGGUACGGGCGUGUUUGUGUCGUCGGUGGAUGCGGAUUCCCCUUCCGGUCGCGCGGGUCUUCGCAUUGGUGAUGAAAUCCUCUCUGCAAACGGCAUUUCGUUCCAGGGCAUUACCCAUGCGCGCGCAGUGGAGAUUAUCAAGACCACAACGAUCCUUCGCCUCGUCGUGCGGUACACGGGCCACGUGCCAGCGAAAUACGUGGCGCGCUCAACAUUCAAUUGGGUGGACGGAAAGGGUCAGGCGCUCGCGACGUCCCUGGGCGCCCCGAUGGGUGGUCGAUCCUCGCCAUCGCUGCCGACGGACGAGGGCGAGCGGCGCGUUCUGCUGCAGAAAAGCACAGGACCGCUGGGAUUCAGCAUCCGUGGCGGAAGCGACUUUGACCUGCCCGUCUUCAUCUCAAGUGUUGAUCGCCACGGCCAGGCGGAGAGCGCUGGCUUGAUGCCGGGGCACCAGAUCCUGAGCAUCAACGACGAGGACGUGACUGCGUUUCGGCACGAGGAAGUCAUUGAUCUGAUUCGGCGAUCUGAUGAUCUGUUAAUGGUCGUCAAGUAUCGUGGCCGCGUCCCAACACACCGCAUCGAUGUGGACGACGUCAAGUUUGUGCCGGCGGAAGAGGUGGAGAGGGAACAGCAGGAGGCAACAAAGCACAAACACCGCGUCGCAGAGCCGCCUGUCGUCGGGGCCGCAUCCAAGAUGGCAAUGGAAGCCGCUGUUGUCGACGUGCUCGGAGCAGACGUUGGGCAGCCGGUUGCCAAUGCGGUGCGCUCGUAUCUGCAUGGGCGACUGCCGUUGAAGGACAUGGCGCGAUAUCUCCUUGCACAGCUCUCGGACCCGCACCACUUCCGCGUCCUCGCCACCAUUCGCCCGCUCCUCAAGCCGUUUGAUGUUUCCGUGUUCAACGCGUUGGUGUCGACACAAGAGCUGCAGGCAAAGCAGCACCUGAUUGCACAGCAUGCAAAGGAGGAGGAGGAGCAGAAGAAGGCGCAGCGCGGCGACCAAGCGUGGCCGGACUACGGAGACACGGGGACUCUGCGCAUCGACAUCAGCAAGAGCGACAGCAGCCGUCGUCUUGGGCUUGUUGUGCAGGGCGGCGAGCCAAUCACACAUGUGGACGCACACGCGCGUGGUGCAUCCGCGCAGAAGGCGUUACAGUUUGGCGGAAUUGUUAUCAGGGACGUCAGGGCUGACGGGUGUGCGCGUGCGGCCGGUGUGCGUGCGGGGAUGCUGCUGCUGCGUGUGGAGAAUCACAGCACGCGCGGGCUUCGACACGAGGAGGCCGUGGCCAUGGUCGCCCAGGCAUGGAGGCAUGACGCCAGCACCGCCCUCACACUGCUGGUGACAGAGACGCCCAAGUUCUCGUUUGACCCCUGGGUACCGCCCUCUCUUCCCCUCACAGACCGCGAAGACAACAUUCUUGCUUCGACCCACCUCUGACACCACACGUGUGCGUGUGUGUGUGCGUGUGUGCGUGCGUGCGUGAAUAUGCAAUGUAACUGUGCACUCCUCUGGCUUCAUCUCUCUGUCUCUGUGCUUGUUUUUUUUUUUGGGGGGGGGGCAUCUUAGACGCAUUUGUUAUUGUUAUGAUUCCUUUGCACCUUGCUUGGUUGUCGUUGCUUUCUGUCUCUUUUACAACGUGCGCGUGUGUACAUAGGCGCCAAUGAAGAACUUGAAGUGCC